CAGAAUGCAGAUAUUGAAACUGCUGUGAGAAAUAUUCUCAGCUGCAUUAGAAGACGUCCAAUGCAACAUUCCGCUAGCAAUGUGGAACGGUCAAGCAGUUCACAAAGAUCAGUUCGGUCUACGGAAACUCAGGCUUGCACCCCUAGUACGUCUUCUACUAACCAGCCUGUUAGACAAAACACAGUUCAGCAGGAGAUGCAAAGGUCUUUUCCUGCCAUGUUUACUAGAAACCGGGCACGUUUUAAAAGGAAAGCACUUGAACCAACAAGGCCAACAUGUUCACGUUUGUUAGAACUCCAGUUCUGCCUGUUACCGGAAAAUUCAACCAGGACUCCAAGAGACGAAACAGUGCUCCUGCAAGCUGGAUUAGGAAGGAGAACUGUAACUCUUGCAGAUGAUGCUGAUCAUGCAGAGAUAACCAAAGUUCUCCUUGAAGAAUACCCAAAACUGCGACAGUUACGUGGUGGCUGGCUUCUUCAAAAAGCCACUGGUGGGAAUGGCCAAAGGAAAACCACUCCGCUACCCCAGUCCUCAGUGGGUUACACAUCAAAAAUACUGAAGUCCUCCUCCAACAAUGGGAAGAUUACCAUCUAUAUCGUCCCAUUACAAGAAAAGAUAGACAUUGUCCCUUUACCAUACAAUGCACCAGAAUUCGAGAAUAUGCCGAAAAAUUACUGCAUGACCUGCGGUGCAUCAGUUCCACUGCAGCUGCUACCUUUUCACCUCGAGUCUUGUCAGUGUGAUGAUAAUGUGGAACCUGUAGUGAUAGCGGAAAAUGACCAGGAGGAAGAUAUCAUUUGUAUGGAUGCCUGCCCCAUAUGCGGAGAGAAGUUCUCUCCGGAGAUGAUGCCUCUCCAUGCAAGUUUUUGUGGAGAAAGCCCUCUGAUGGAACAUGUUACAUCAGUUCCAUCAGACCAAAGUGUAUCACCGGGGUUUCCCAUGGACAGCAGUACCACCGAAAGCAGCAUUGCUAGCACUUCAAACUUUAGUCUAGCAUUCGACACACCACAAAGCAGACCAUUGGGGCCAUCACCUGCAGUAAAUGAUGCCUGGAGAAGAGUUGAAGCUCCAGAAAGGGCUUUAGUCCUGUACAGGAAGUAUUUACUGGAGCAGAAAGAAGACGAGCCAAUCCUGAAAGUAAAACUCGACUUGAGAGAGGAUGUUGAGGAACAGGAGGAGAGACUAAUCAACUUUUACAAGGUCCAUAAAGUAGACUGGGCCAGACCACUCCAUUGCAGAUUGGAAGGUGAUGUAGCAAUUGGAGAGGGUGUAAAACGCCAUUUCUUCAGCCUACUGAUGCACAAGUUGCAAACUGGAUUUUCCAAGGAUUUUGGAAAUAGAACUGGAACUUUACUUUUUGAGGGCCAACCUGACCAUCUCAUUCCUUCCACCUCAAAAGUGCUUGUACAAAGUGACUUGUUCAAGAUGGCAGGAAGGAUGAUAGGCCACUCUUUUCUCCAUGGUGGUCCUCCUCUAACAGGCAUCAGUCCUGCAAUCUUGCAUGUGUUGCUGGGAGGCUCCACUGAGACAGCACCCAUUGUGCUGGAAGAUGUGGCAUACAUUGACAUCCGAGAGACAAUAGAGCUGGUGCUUGAGCGAACCUCACAACAAAUCCGGCAGCUGAGGCAGGGCCUGCAAGAGUCGAUGUUGUUGCCACUAUUGGAGGCCAGGCCAGAUGUUGCAGCUGUGAUUUUCCCAUGUCAGAAGAUGGCUGAAUGUAGUGCCCAGAUGGUCCUUAAAAACAUAAUCUGGCCUGAAGAGGGGGAGCAGAAUGAGGAUGGAUGCUCAGUUACUGCCAAAUCCUUAGUUGCUGGCUACCUGCGCCAAUUUGUGGAGAAAGUGACGGAAAACAAACGGAAGCAGUUGGUGAAAUUCUGGGUUGGCUGGGAGAUGCCCAUGCAGGACAUGCAAGUGAAAGUGGUACAGGCAGACCAUCCAACAUCUUCCACUUGCUUUCACAUCCUACGUUUGCCUAGUCACUACACAACUUAUGACCAAUUCCAACACAGUUUGGAGAGUUGCAUUGCAACUAAUGACUCUGGCUUUGGACUAAUUUGAACUCUAAAACAUGACAGCAUGUUUGGCUGCAUUAUGUUGUUAGGCCACAUUACAUCAAAUGUUUUUCAGCACCAAAGUUCAGUUAGUUAAAGGAAUUCCAAUUAAAAUAUGGUUAAUCUGUUCAUUAAUCUGCAGUGUUGUUUGAUGUUUCAUUUUUAUACUUUAGACCUUUAUUAAUUCCAUCUAAACAAUGGAAAAGAUAGAAUUAUAGCAGUAUCUCAAAAUGGUGAGUGUGGAGUCUCCAUUACUAAUUACAUUGGCAAUGUAUAUAAAAUGUCAAAAAAGGCUUAAUACUUUACAAAGGUUUAAUGUAAACACCAUUUUAUGAAACAAAGCUUUAAAUGAGCCUUCUCGGUCAUCAACAAAGUUACAAAAGCUUUGAAAACAUGACAAUAGAUCAUAUUUGACUUUCAGAUUACUGUUCACCUUUAUAAAAUGUUGAAUUAUUCAGAAUGUCACUCAGUUGAAUAUCUGGCACAAAUAAUUGCUAGACCUCUCAGGCUGCUGCAAAAGCGUAACUUCAAUGUCUUAACAGUUGUGUUUUACAAUGCUCUUUACCUGUUCACAACAAACUUAUUUGAAACAUGAAUAAAAAAAUGAAAUGC